CUUUCUUUGUUACUGGCUACUACACUACGUUAUUCGACACGACAGCGCUCAUUUUCAGUUUGACUUUAUUCCUUAUUUAUUUCCUCAAAGAGGACCACGCACGUUCCAGUUGGAUCCGAACCGGGGCCAUGGUCGCAUGUUUGAUCCCUUAAGGCCACCGUCAUCAUCCGAAACUUUAGAAAUGCGACCUACAUUGAACUCGACAUCCUCUGCUGCUGGCAUCGAUGGACGGCCAGACGCUUUCUAUGAUGCUGCAGAUAUCGAAGAUGAAGAGCCCAAAGGCUCGAAUAAUGACCGCAGAGCGCUAGUCAGGCUAGCCUCUUCGUUCUUCCUUUUCGGCCUCAUUAACAACGUGCUAUAUGUCAUCAUUCUGUCGGCCGCCCUCGACUUGGUACCCCCUUCUACUCCAAAGGGAAUAAUCGCAUUCUGUAACAUUACCCCCGCACUCAUUGUUAAGGUUGGCUGGCCGUAUGUCCUCAAGGGUCGAAUUCGGUACGCCAAGCGUGUCAUUGGCUGCUGUCUUCUUAGUGUGCUUGGAAUGAUUGUCGUAGCCUUUUCUGAUGCUUUAUCAAUGAGGCUUUUAGGCAUUAGUCUUGCAUCAUUCUCAUCAGGCUUGGGAGAAUUAACCUUUCUUCAGCUUUCCACCACAUAUGCUCCUCCAUCCAUCGCUGGACAUAGCGUAGGGUACUUUGCCUCUGGUACUGGGGCAGCCGGUUUAGUCGGGGCCUUCUUGUGGUGGGAGCUUCGCAGCUUGGGUGUCCGCUUUGGCGUCGGACUUUCUUCCGUCCUUCCAUUCGUCAUACCGCUAACUUUCUACUUUCUUCUCCCUCCUAAUUCUGCUUUCUUGCCGUCUUCAUCCUAUGAUGACGAUGAAGAUUCAUCGUGUGCGAUUACGUCCACUCUUCCGUACACACCAUUGCCUACGGAAGAGGAUGUCGCCGAAGAGGAAGGCAGUGUGCCUGCAGGCCCGAAAAGAGUAUCCUUAACCCCAAAUGAUAAACUACAGCUUGUCAAGCCUCUCUUGAUAAAAUAUAUGUUACCAUUAUUCUGUGUAUACUUGUUUGAGUAUACCAUUAAUCAGGGCAUAGCUCCUACCCUUCUGUAUCCAGUUCCUUCUCCUGACAAGUAUUCCUUUCUGAGCAAAUUCAUACACUCAGUUCGCGACUACUAUCCUCUUUGGCAGCUCGUUUACCAAACAACCGUGUUCUUUUCCCGGUCUUCGAUAUCAAUGGGACUUCCUCCGCUACCGGCUCGGCUACUUUCUUUGCCUUCUAUAGUACAAUGCUUGAUACUUCUUUCACUGGCAUACGAGUCUGCCGUAGGUUUCUAUUCUGAUGAUUCAGAAGGACUGAGCAUAAUCACCGUGUUCCUCCUGGUGAGCCUAGAAGGUAUAUGCGGUGGCUUGGCUUACGUCAACGUCUUUUACCGCGUCAACCAAGAGCACCCGGACCCAAACUCAGCCAACGACGUCGAACGAACACGCCAAGAACGCGAGUUCAAGAUUGGUUCGAUCGGAUUUGCAGAUUCAUCUGGAAUUUUGCUUGCUUCGCUCGUUGCCGUUCCCACAGAAGUUAGAUUAUGCAGGGCGCAAGUCAGAAGAGGGAAGCUGCUGUGUCAGGGUCUGUAAUUAUAAUAUAUCUUCGGAAGUCUCCUCGAAUCGGAAGGGUCGUGUUUAGUGUUUAAGACGCCGAUGUGAUUCCAAGAUUGGGGCAUCAUAUCGCUGCUGUCUCUUACGACACUCACCCUAGUUCAAAGGUCGCUGUUAUUGCUAGGAUGACUGAAUUGUUGGUUGUACCUUGUAUUCAAUGAACAUUGUUUCUUCCAUCUCAAUAUUAAA